AUGAACUCGUCAACGCAACCCAUCUCCUCUGCGCACUCGCAACACACCCUCUCCUCUGAGACCACCAUGGAGGCGGCCAACAAGGAACAACACGCCCCCGUCCACGAGACCAGCCCCGACGCUCUACAAAAAGUGCCCACCAGAGAUGAUGAGCUGUACAAACCAAAGACGCUCAAGUUUUGGCUUGUCCUACUCUCGACCUUUACCUCCAUGUUCCUCGUCGCACUCGACCGCACCAUCAUUGCCACGGCCGUGCCCCGAAUCACCGACGACUUCAAGAGCCAGGGCGAUAUUGGCUGGUACGGCUCCGCCUACAUGCUGACCACGGCAGCUUUUCAGCUGCUCUUUGGCCGCAUCUACAGCUUCUACGACCUCAAGUGGACAUUUCUUGUCUCCAUUGUGCUCUUCGAAAUUGGCUCCGCCAUCUGCGGCGCCGCCCCUUCGUCCACCGUCUUCAUUCUUGGCCGUGCCAUUGCCGGUCUGGGCUCCGCCGGCAUCAUGACCGGUUCCAUGAUGACCAUUAUUCCCCUCGUGCCUCUUCACAAGCGUCCCAUGUUCCAGUCCAUGUUUGGCAUGGUCUUUGGCAUCGCCUCUGUGGCCGGUCCCCUGAUUGGCGGCGCCUUCACCGAGCAUGCCACCUGGCGCUGGUGUUUCUACAUGAACCUGCCUAUCGGCGUUGUCGCCUUCGUCUUUCUCUACUUUUUCGAGUUCCCCAAGUCGAAGCUGAUGGAUCUGCCCCAAAAGACAAAACUUGCCAGGCUCGACCCUGUCGGCACAACACUCUUUAUCCCAACCAUCGUCAGCCUUUUACUUGCCCUUCAGUGGGGUGGAUCUACCUAUGCCUGGAGCAACUGGCGCAUCAUUCUUCUCUUCGUCUGCUUUGCCAUUGGCGCCCUUGCCUUUGGCACAGUCCAGUACAAGAUGCCUCAAUCUGCCUCUCUUCCUUGGCACCUGAUCAAGCAGCGCACCAUGGCCUUUGCCACCUGCUUUAUGCUGUUUUUGGCGGGAAGCAUGAUGAUGCUUGUCUACUAUAUUCCCCUUUGGUUCCAAACUACUCACGGCGUUGAACCUGUCAAGUCCGGCGUCUACACUAUUCCGCUCGUCUUGAGUCUCGUGGUUGCCUCCAUCGUUUCCGGCAUCAUUACACAAAAGAGCGGCUACUAUGUCCCCGCCAUGAUUUCUAGUCCUUGCGUUAUGCUCAUCGCUGAGGGUCUACUCACUACUUUUACUCCCCAGACUGGUUCGCCUCACUGGAUUGGUUAUCAGUUUCUCGCCGGUUUCGGCAAAGAUGUUGCCACCGGUAUGGCGAUCUGCUUUUUUGCCCAGCAGCUCGGCGGUGCCAUUUUCGUGUCUGUUGGUCAGACCAUUCUGAGCACCGUCCUCAUUUCCCGCCUUUCGGGCAUUCCUGGUCUGGACCCCAAUAAGAUCAUCAACACCGGGGCCACAGAGCUUCACUCGGUUGUCUCGCCACAAUACUUUGGCCACGUUGUAGAAGCCUACAAUUACGCCGUCACGCGCAUCUUCAUUGCUUGCCUAGCCGUCACCGCCGCUCAGUUGUUAUCAUCUCUUGGUAUCGAGUGGAAAUCCAUCAAGAAGCAUUCUGAAGCAAAGACUGUCGAUCCUGAAGACCAAAGGGAAGUCAAAAGCUAA